AUGGCAUCAAUUCCGCACCCCUUGUCCGCACUAUCUCUCGAAGAGACCAACCAAGCCCGAGACAUUAUCCUCGCAGCCCACGAUGGAUCCGUCCUUGACUUUAGACAAAUUUAUGUUUGGGAACCACCAAAGGCCGAGGUCUUGGAAUUCCUGGACCUCGAGCACUCUGGAAAACUCACGGCUUCAUCACCGAGACCAGCGAGAUGCGCACAGGUCUUUUACGACGUCAUUGGCGGUGCCAGCAAAGCACAGUACACCGAGUCCAUCGUGGACCUCGGCCAGGGUAAGAUCGUAGACCAGAAGGUCAUUGGUUCCGAGCACCAGGCAAGCUUGGCAGUAUUCGAGUUUGAGACCCUUGCUCAGGUUGUCGAGAGCUCCGCCCUCUUCAAGGAGAAGAUGGCGGAGCUCAAGCUGCCAGAGGGCUUCGAGGUGGUCAUCGAACCCUGGCCCUACGGCGGCCCCGAUCCAGCGGACGGGGACAAGCGCUUCUUCCAGGCCCUCAUCUUCGCGCGGGACACGAGGAGCGGCAACCCGGACUCCAACUUCUACGCCUACCCCCUGCCCCUGAUCCCCAUCAUGGACGCGCACACCAAGGAGGUUGUGCGCAUCGAAGAGCUCGCCACUGGCGGCAAGGGCGAAGCUUACAAGGGUAAGACGCACGCGGCUACUGUCGUCGACCACUGCAAGGCAAGCGAGUACGUGCCAGAGCUGUUGCCGAACGGUACGCGCAAGGAUCUCAAGCCCUUGACCGUGGCCCAGCCCGAAGGACCCAGUUUCUCCGUCACGGACGGCAACCUCAUCCAGUGGCAGAAGUGGCGCAUGCGUGUCACCUUCAACCCUCGCGAGGGCGCUGUUGUGCAUGACAUUCGAUACGAUGGCCGUCCGGUACUGUACCGUUUGAGCAUGAGUGACAUGACUGUGCCAUAUGCAGACCCUCGCCCGCCAUUCCACCGUAAGCAGGCAUUCGACUUUGGUGACGGUGCUCUCGGCAACUGUGUCAACAACCUGACUCUCGGCUGCGACUGCCUCGGUGUCAUCAAGUAUUUCGACGGAAUUCUCACGGAUGCCAAGGGUGUUGCCACUGAGAGCAAGAACGUCAUCUGCCUCCACGAGCAGGACAACGGCAUCAACUGGAAGCACACCAACUGGCGUACCGGCCGCGCCGUCGUCACUCGUCGCCGCGAGCUCGUUAUCCAGUUCAUCAUCACGCUCGCCAACUACGAGUACAUCUUCAACUACAAGUUCGACCAGGCGGCCGGCAUCGUCGUCGAGGCCCGCGCCACCGGCAUCGUGUCGGUCGUCAACAUCGACCCCGGCAAGACGGCGCCCUGGGGCAACGUGGUCAGCCCCGGCGCCCUGGCGCAGAACCACCAGCACGUCUUCUGCGUGCGCAUCGACCCCGCCAUCGACGGCAACGAGAACACGGUCGUGCAGGAGGAGAGCCUGCCCCUGAGGAUGGACCGGCGGACGAACCCCAACGGCAACCUGUACGAGGUCAGGCAGACGCCCAUCACCACGUCGGGCGGCUUCGACGCGGCGCCGAUGAGCAACCGCGUCUUCAAGAUCCAGAACCUGAAGAAGACGAACCCAGUCAGCGGGAAGCCCGUCGGGUACAAGAUCACCCCGCCCCCGACGCAGCUGCUGCUCGCAGACCCCAACGGCAUCCAGUCCAAGCGCGCGCUGUUCGCGCGCCACCACCUCUGGGUGACCAAGUACAAGGACCACGAGCUCUACGCCGGCGGCCGGUACACUCUGCAGAGCAGGCUCGAGGUCGGGGGCGUCCGGGACGCCGCUGACAGGAACGACGACGUCCUGGACCAGGACGUCGUGGUCUGGAGCGUCUUUGGGCUGACGCAUAACCCCCGUGUUGAGGACUGGCCCGUAAUGCCCGUCGAGAUGUUGCAGCUGCACAUUUCGCCUUCUGAUUUCUUCACCGGCAACCCGGCCCUCGAUGUUCCCUCGAACAAGGACAUUGGUUCUCAGCUGACAUCGGGCAACCAGAGCUGCUGUGCUGAGCAAGAGCUCCCCACUCGGAGCAACUUAUAG